AUGAGUAAGCUUAUUCCAUCCUUUGGUAAACUACUUGGCGGUGUAACAACUACAACGAAAGUCGCCCCAAUCGCUGUCAUUACGAACGCAAAAUACAGUACAAAAAACGAAGCUACAUUUGAAACUAAGCCUUAUAAACUCCAUAAACUGGAGAAAGGUCCUGCUUCAUCAGCCACACUAACAGCCGAAGAUGCUCUCGGGAUGUAUGAGAAAUUGGCCGUUAUUAGAAGGAUUGAAACCGCCUCGGGAAAUCUGUACAAAGAGAAGAGCGUCAGAGGCUUCUGUCAUUUAUAUUCAGGACAGGAAGCGGUUGCCGUCGGAAUGCAUUCCGUUAUGAGGGAUAUUGAUUCAUUGAUAACUGCAUAUCGUUGUCACGGAUGGACAUACCUUAUGGGAGUGAGUGUUCUCGGGGUCCUUAGUGAGUUGACCGGUCGUAGAACUGGUUGUUCAAGAGGCAAAGGCGGCUCUAUGCACUUGUAUGCCAAGAAUUUCUAUGGAGGAAAUGGUAUUGUCGGUGCUCAGGUCCCAUUGGGCGCGGGUAUAGCUUUCGCUCACAAGUACCGUAACGACGGUGGAGUUUGCUUCGCUCUUUAUGGUGACGGCGCAGCCAAUCAGGGCCAGAUCUUUGAAGCUUAUAACAUGGCAAAAUUAUGGAAUCUACCUUGUAUCUUUGUUUGCGAAAACAAUGGUUAUGGUAUGGGUACAAGUGUGGAGCGUUCUUCUGCCAGUACGGAUUAUUACAGCCGAGGUGAUUAUAUUCCUGGACUAUGGGUAGAUGGCAUGGAUGUUGUCACUACUAGGGAAGCAACUAGAUUUGCAAUUGACUAUUGCACUAGCGGAAAAGGUCCUCUCGUAAUUGAAAUGGAGACAUAUCGCUACUCGGGUCACUCUAUGUCAGACCCUGGAACUUCAUACAGAACUAGGGACGAGGUACAAGCUGUGAGACAAACAAGGGACCCUAUAACCUCCUUCAAGGAAAAGAUACUAUCAAACGGACUCGCUACUGCUGAUCAGCUUAAGGAAAUAGAUACUAAGAUCCGCAAAGAGGUAGAUGAAGCCGUUAAGAUGGCGAAAUCUGAACCAGAAGUUGGUCCCGAGGAACUUGCUGGUGAUAUUUAUUACAAGAACUUGGAGCCAUUCAUCAGGGGUGUACAACCUAACAGCCCCUUGCAACAUUAUGAAGCCGUUGCUAGGAAUUAA